AUGUAUUCACUUCGGCUUGCUAACGAUAGCAAUGAUUUAGAGCUUCCCAAACGUGCACCCGGUCUCGGGGAUAUUGUGGACAGUAGCAUGGAAAGCGAUAGUGACGUUUCCGUCUCACCAUCCGUGGAUGGAAUGAAAGAAGAUCUGGAUCCAAUGGCUACAUUGAAGGCCCCAGAACAAUCCUCCACACAGUUCGGUGUGUCGACUACGCCAAAUGGAGCACGGUCCACAGAGACUGGCUGCAAAUCCGAACCCCGGUCAAAUGGAGAAACUUCAUUCAAAGAUCCACCAACCAAGCCGAUACCGCAACAGCAGCAGCAACAGCUCAACUAUAUAGAACCGUGUAAUUUGGACUUGGGUUCCAACACGACGACGACGACGAACAGCUUGACCAUAAACCGAUCAACCACUAAUUCGGUUGGACCCAACCCGACUUCCUCGUCCGCUCACCCUGUCUCGACGGAUAACGGUCCGACGGGAGCGUUAGGCAAGCUACGGGUCAAUCCUGCCAUGCCGGGUAGUACGGAGGAGGACGACCGUAUUGAGUACAAGGAGAUUGAUCCAAUCAGUACGAACGCAUUGGCUAUUGUCACAAAACACUAUUUGGACGAUAAUAAUGAUGAUGGUGACGAUGUGGGUUGCCCACGCUGA